GAUAUAUUCAUGUGGUUCUUAGAGAUCACUCUUAUGCAGACUGACAACGAAAGGGUGCAAGUGAGCUCCUAAGCUACGUGUCUCUACACUCUCAAACCGCCAUCCCACACACAUGGACCAGGUAAUGCAGUUUAUAGAGCCAAGUUGGCAGUUUGUAAAGGACUCAAUUCAUCUGGUUAAAAGAUGCACCAAACCUGACAGAAAAGAAUUCCAGGAGAUUGCCAUGGCCACAGCAAUAGGAUUUGUUAUCAUGGGAUUCAUUGGCUUCUUUGCGAAACGGAUCCAUAUCCCUAUUAAUAACGUUAUUGUGGGUUGCUGA